UACAGUAACGCCUCUCGUGUGUCAUAAAGAAGCCGGCCAGCCAGAAAAUAUAUAAAUACAGAGCAAAAACACCAAGACGUCCUUCCGUGCCGCGUGGACGCCUUUUAUGGAUUAUUAUCCAAUCCUGCCUGGUUGACACCCAAGGGUCCGAAUCAUAAAGCAUAUUUAGGAGAAGAUGGUGGGUCUCAAACCCUCAGACGUCCCCCCACCUCUUGGUGUAAAGAUGGCAAGCGCAGGAGCGGCAGCUUGCAUCGCCGACAUCGUCACGUUCCCUCUGGACACGGCCAAAGUCAGACUGCAGAUCCAAGGCGAGAAGGCGGUGGAGGCAGCCAAGAACAUCCGCUACAGAGGCGUGUUCGGCACCAUCAGCACCAUGAUCCGCACCGAGGGGCCCAGGGCGCUGUACAACGGCCUGGUGGCGGGUCUGCAGAGGCAAGUGUGUUUUGCCUCCGUUCGGAUCGGACUCUACGACAACGUCAGGGACUUCUACACUGGAGGGGCACACAAUCCGGGAGUGUUGGUGCGUAUCCUGGCCGGCUGCACGACGGGCGCCAUGGCGGUGUCCUUCGCUCAGCCCACAGACGUGGUGAAGGUGAGGUUCCAAGCUCAGAUGAACCUGGACGGCAUGGCGCGGCGCUACAGUGGAACCAUGCAGGCCUACAAACACAUCUUCCAGAACGAGGGCCUGCGAGGACUCUGGAAAGGAACGCUUCCCAACAUCACGAGGAACGCGCUGGUCAACUGCACAGAGCUGGUAACCUAUGACCUCAUCAAAGAGGCCAUCCUGCGACACAAGCUCAUGUCAGACAAUCUUCCGUGUCACUUCGUGUCCGCCUUCGGAGCCGGCUUCGUUACCACGGUGAUCGCCUCCCCGGUCGACGUGGUGAAGACCAGGUACAUGAACUCACCGCCGGGUCAGUACAGGAGCGCUAUCAACUGCGCCUGGACCAUGCUCACCAAAGAGGGGCCCACGGCUUUCUACAAGGGAUUUGUGCCAUCCUUCCUGAGACUGGGCUCAUGGAACAUUGUGAUGUUCGUGUCCUUUGAGCAAAUAAAACGAGGCAUGAUGGUCACCAAGAAGAGGUUUGAGGCCACUAACUGAGCAGGAACGCACCGAGCACUGUAUUAGGUACACUUGCUAAUAAGUCCUCUUAAAUAUACAGUAUAUGAGGCCAUCCCACAGCAGUGUGUGACUGCAAUAGAUUUGGACUGAUAUGAAUUUAACAUGGGGGCUGCAUUUUGCAUUUACAUAAACAUUUUUUUUUUUACUGACUGAUGUUCCAUCGUGCAGGUGUGCCUGAUGCUUAAGUGUGAAGAAGAAAAACUGCACUUUUAACAAGACAAACGAGACAAUAUUGACUCUUGAAGCAGCUGAAGUACUCAUGGUGCCCUAUGGUGUAAUGUACUACAUGUUUAUAUGCAUCCUACAUAUAUCAAUACAUAUAUUUAACCUGUUCUUAUUAUUCUAAGUUUAGACAGCAAACAUAUGUGUGUGUGUGUGUGUGUGUGUUUAAUGGUUAAAGUCACACAUCAAACAAGCAUUUGUCACAUUAUUAAGGACAUAAAUAUCAAAAUCCUGAGCUGAACGUAAAGUGUUAACGUGAUUUAACAUUUUUCCAAGAGUCUUUGGACCACCGCAGCAAGUCGGCUGCUGGCUUGUUGAAAGAGCUCAAAUCGUCACAAACCACUCCCCGAAGAGGUUUGUGUUUCCUUCCCGGUGCUAAGCGUUAGUUGUUAGCUGGAUUAGAGCACGAGAGACACAUUGGGGUCCUUCAACUGGGUCUGGACCAAAUUAUGGAAUUUUUCUCUGUACUGAUUGAACAGCAUGAUGCUUUCGGGUUCCUCUGCGAUCCAGAAUUUGUCAAACUCGAACGCCAGGUAGCCUGGAAGACAAGACGAGAUGCUGUGUUAUUGUUUUAUCCAAUAACAAAAACAUAACAAGACAGCAUAUGCUGUUGAUCAUGUGACCCCCCCAAAAAAUGAGAUGCCAGAUCGGUGCAGUUUUUCAUAUCACGCAUUGUCUUGAUUGAAUAAAUCGGCUUAUUUCCGUGA